AUGGCCAAGGUGAAGGAAACCGUGCAGUGGGCGGUCUUGGUGGUGGCAGUCUGCAUCCUAGCAGUGGAAGUCGCAAGUCAAGUGCCUACAGUGCAGGUGUUUACCCGCUAUCCUCCGGAGAUUGGCAAGGAGAACACCUUUCAGUGCUACGCUGACUGAUUCCAUCCUCCCAAAAUCCACAUCGAGCUUCUGAAGAACGGCAAGCCAAUGGAGAGCCAGAAGAGUGACCUUUCUUUUCACCAGGACUGGGCCUUCCAUCAGCUUGUCUACACCAAUAUCACUAUUGAUAGGAAGACCGAGUAUGCCUGCAAGGUGGAGCAUGAAACCUUGCACGAACCCCAAAUCCACAAACUCGAGUGGGAGUUCUGAGCAGCUGUCCUGAGGAAAAGAAGAUUGGAAGACUUUUGCCAUUUGAGAUGCGUUCCAGCCAUGCUAUCCUGAACCACUUUUU